ACAGGCACAGUCUGGGCGCGGGAGCGGGCGCAGCGGCAGCGCGGGCGUGAGCGCACGCCGGGGCUGGUUGGAGUGAGCGCCGGGGUGGCCGCCUCCGCGCUCCCCCUGCACAUGGCUCUGGCCCUGAGGACCUUCUAGCCCCCCGAGACUGGCCCUCGGCGGGAGUCGCUCAGAACCCACAGGAGCUGGCUGGCCACCUCCUUCCUCCGGCUCCGAGCCAUGUCGUUUACCGGAGCCUCAGACCGCAGCGUCCCGGCCACCAAGAUCGAGAUCACCGUGUCUUGCCGGAAUCUGCUGGAUCUCGACACCUUUUCCAAGUCUGACCCCAUGGUGGUGCUGUUCACUCAAACCAGAGCCAGCCAGGAGUGGCGGGAGUUUGGAAGGACUGAGGUAAUCGACAACACACUGAACCCUGACUUCCUUCGCAAAUUUGUGCUGGAUUACUUUUUUGAGGAAAAACAGAACCUACGCUUUGAUGUGUACAAUGUGGACUCCAAAACCAACAUCUCCAAACCGGAUUUCUUGGGACAGGCAUUCCUAGCACUGGGAGAAGUGAUUGGAGGGCAAGGCAGCCGUGUGGAACGACCACUCACGGGCAUCCCUGGGAAAAAGUGUGGAACCAUUCUGCUGACUGCAGAGGAACUCAGUAAUUGCCGGGUCAGUAGUUCAUACCUCUGUUUCCCUUCUUAUUGUUUGUCUUCCCUCCUGGGAAAUACUUCAAGCAAGGUGGCCCUUCCUAGAUCCCUGUUAUCCCAACUUCCCUCCCAUCCCUUUAAAAGAUGCAAACUAGCAAGUGUCUGGGGGCAAAUUGUGCUCCCCUUCCCCAGCUCUGUCUCCCAUUCCCAGGACAUUGCCACGAUGCAGCUCUGUGCCAACAAGCUGGACAAGAAGGAUUUCUUCGGAAAGUCUGAUCCUUUCCUUGUCUUCUAUCGGAGCAAUGAAGAUGGCACAUUCACCAUUUGCCACAAGACUGAGGUAGUGAAGAACACACUGAAUCCUGUGUGGCAACCCUUCACCAUCCCUGUGCGGGCGCUAUGCAAUGGAGACUACGACAGGACUGUGAAAAUAGAUGUAUAUGACUGGGACCGGGAUGGAAGUCAUGACUUCAUUGGAGAGUUCACCACCAGUUACAGGGAGCUAACCAAGGCCCAAAGUCAGUUCACGGUGUAUGAGGUUCUCAACCCCAGGAAGAAAUGUAAGAAAAAAAAAUACGUUAAUUCCGGGACGGUGACACUUCUCUCCUUCACUGUGGAUUCUGAAUUCACUUUUGUUGAUUAUAUCAAGGGCGGGACACAGCUGAACUUCACUGUGGCCAUUGAUUUCACAGCCUCCAAUGGGAACCCACUGCAGCCCACAUCUCUACACUACAUGAGCCCCUACCAGCUCAGUGCUUAUGCCAUGGCACUCAAGGCUGUAGGAGAAAUCAUCCAGGACUACGACAGUGACAAGCUCUUUCCUGCUUAUGGUUUUGGAGCCAAGGUGCCCCCCGAGGGACGCAUCUCCCACCAGUUCCCUCUGAACAACAACUCCGAGGACCCAAACUGUGCAGGCAUUGAGGGUGUCCUGGAGAGUUAUUUCCAAAGCCUUCGCACUGUCCAGCUCUACGGCCCCACCUACUUCGCCCCCGUUAUCAACCAGGUGGCCCGGGCUGCAGCAAAGGUCUCUGAUGGCUCCCAGUACUAUGUGUUGCUCAUUAUCACAGAUGGGGUGAUCUCAGAUAUGACCCAGACCAAGGAGGCCAUUGUCAGUGCCUCCUCCUUGCCCAUGUCUAUCAUCAUUGUGGGAGUGGGGCCAGCCAUGUUUGAAGCAAUGGAAGAACUGGAUGGAGAUGAUGUCCGGGUGUCCUCUCGUGGGCGCUAUGCAGAGAGGGACAUUGUGCAGGUAGCUCCAGGUGGCAGCGUGGCGAGUGCAUGGUUUGUCCCGUUCCGAGACUACAUUGACCGCUCUGGGAACCAGGUGCUGAGCAUGGCGAGACUGGCCAAAGAUGUGCUGGCGGAGAUUCCCGAACAGCUGCUGUCGUACAUGCGCACCCAUGAUAUCCAACCCCGGCCUGCCCCCAGUGCUAGCCCCAGCCCCCCCUCCUUGCAGCCCUGAGGGGCUGGCCUGGCCGCCCUAUGGCUUCCCGCCGCGUAGUCACCAAGAAGGCUGGUUUGAGCUGGGCUGGGCCCGGCUCCAGAUCCCAGAGCUGAAAGUGAAAGGGGCAGCCCUAUAUCAAGCUGUCCUCAGAGAAGCCUGCCUUCGGUGGGCUGACCAAGAAAGGCAUGCCAUCCCCUCCCCCAUCCCCAACUUGUAACAAGCAGGAAGGGUCCGUGCCCUCCACUGGACUCCUCCAUCAGUCCAGCUUCCACCAAGUCCUCAUGCCGACAAUAAAGCUGAGCUUUACCCUCA